CGACAAAAUCAAACCCCCAAACAAUCGGCAGCAGCCUGCAUCCAACAUUGUCAAUCUCACUUCGAAACGGGAAUAAAUCGAAACUCACCACAUCAUGGCAUCAGUAUUCGCUUGGGGCGCCGGUGUCGCCGUCGCUGCAUUCCUCGGCCGCGCCGGCUUCGUCGCACUCCGUCGCUCCCGUGGCGGCGUCGGCGCCAUGGGCAAGGCUUUUUACAAAGGCGGCUUCGAGCCCCGAAUGACCAAGAAGGAGGCCUCCCUCAUUCUAUCCCUAAGCGAGCGAUCCAUCACCAAAGACAAGGUCCGCAAGGCCCACCGAACGCUCAUGCUCCUCAACCACCCCGAUCGAGGCGGCAGCCCGUACCUAGCGACAAAGGUCAACGAGGCGAAGGAAUUGCUGGAUAAAACCGUCUGACCGAAACCGAACGCGUGAACUGCAUACGAGCGGAGAUGAACGGCCCCGCCGCGUUGGUAAUGGGGACAAAAGAGAGCCAGUUUGGGGGCCGUGUGUAUAUGUCUUGUACGAUAUUCGUUUUCCAUAGCGAUGGCGUUGGUGGGUUGGUGGGCUGAAUUUGAAAGCCAUCUAAGCGACUCAUAGCUAAGGUAUGGGAAGAUUUUAGAGAUGAAGGGGGCUAGCUACAUGAAAGAUUUCGCGGCUUGCCACUUGAUGACCAAAACAAGAAGAAAGAAAGGAAAUACCAAGUCUCAACUCAAAGACGGUCUUACACCCAUUUCUCCAUUCCUUCAAUCUCAGGUUCCUCCAACUUG